UCCUGUUCUCACUUCUGUUUUUCUUUUUUAGUGGGAGGAACUCUGGCUACUCUAAUAGAGUUGUGGCUACCAUAAAAGGUCCUUUCCCUUCCCAUUAUUUCCCCCUCUUGUAUUUUGAACAACAGAUGGCCUAUAUUACGCUCACUCUUCAGCCUGCUAAUUUAAGAAUGUAGGGCUUCUACAAAUAUCCAUCCAUAUAUUUUGGUAUUAGAAGUGUACUGGAACAAAAUGGUAUCAGGAAAAGAUAUCCUGGUUGUUAACAAUGCCACUAAUGUUCAAAAUUGUGUGCUCAACAAAGCUCGGGAAACGCUAGAGUAUAUUGAAUCAUAUGUCCUUUUGACUACGCUCCUGGUAGUCUUUCUCACAGUCUUCGGAUCUUGGAGGCGACGUAGCCACAGUUUGACACUCAAAUAUUCGAUAUGGGCAUGUUAUCUUUUGUCUACGUUCCUGAUAAACUACACCAUGGGCCUGAUGAAGUCAGCAACAUUCCCUAAUGAAUUAUUUUCUGUUUGGGCGAUGUUUUUGAUUAUUUUCCUUGGAAGUGCUGAUUGCAUCUCCGCCUACAGCCUUGAAGACAGUGAGAAUCGGAAGAGAUAUUACUUGGAAAUUUUUGUUCAGUAUUUUUGGCUGGGCUGGGUGAUAGGUAUGCAUGCUAACGAACACAAAUUUAUGAUUCCACUCUAUCUCCUCUAUAUCUUGUCUUUGAUUACGACAGGAGGCAGAGCCGAAGCUUUGGAGUUAGCAAGCAGAUCAUAUGGUUUGGUGAGAAACACCAAACUGGUUGCAGACUUCAUGGAAGAUGAGAGCAACAAAGAAGGCGAUGAAGCAGAUCCUACUUGCAUGAAAGGCUACAAGUAUUUGGUGAAAGGAGAAAAGAAGGAAAAGGUGAAAGUUAAAGCACCACGCUACCAUAUGCAGUUUGAGACGACAGAUGAUAAUGGAGUCAUUACCAUUGAUAUGAUCUGGCAAUGCGAAGGGAGACUCUUAAGCUCCACCGGAGAUCCAGACGGGCGACUCAAAGAUAUCUGCCUUUCUUAUGCAUUGUAUAGGCUUCUCUGUCGUAGAUUUGCAAAAUAUUCCUUCCCUGAAAGCUCCCAGCUUAAGACAUGGAAUUUUGUUCGAUAUGGGCUUCUUUCCAAAGAAGGUGAUCAUGAGAGAGCAUUCAGAGUAAUUGAGCUGGAGCUCGGAUUUCUUUAUGAUCUCUUUUACACAAAAUAUCCCGUCUUAUUUGCCAAUGGGCUUCCAUUAUCAAGACUUUUGCAGUUCAUUAUUGUCAUAAUUGGUUGUUAUGUCGCGGUUCCCACUCUAACCAAUUACCAAGAUAGAGAUUCUGAUGUGCACCUCAUGACAACAGGUGGACAUAACCUUGAUGCUCUUCUCACAGAUAAGCCGAGAAAUGGUCUAAAACUAAGUGCUAACGUCACAUUGCCGAUGGAAGUGAAGAAAGCAAUUAUUCACUCUCUAAAGACCCAUGAGCAGCGAAUCCAGCGAUUGACAAAUGGGGUAGCUUCUCUGCAGAGAAACAGGGUUGAGAAUGAACUCUCCUGGGCAUGUAGACUUGAGACACAGACGCAUGUUAUCAUGGUCUGGCAUAUAGCCACCAGUCUUUGCGAGCUUAAUUUAUCAUCACAAGAAAUUGUCACAGGGGAACAGGUCAACCAACAAAGGGAAAGCGAAGACUUCAUUGUGGCAACUAAGUUGUCUAAAUACUGUGCCUAUUUGGUGGCUUUUGCUCCAAGACUUUUACCUGAUCAUCCGUAUAUUACAGAAUUUAUUUUUGAUCAUGUAGUUGUUGAAGCCAGGGAGAAACUCAAGGGAUGCGAGAAAAGUAUUUGCCAAAAGAUGUUUAAUUUAUGCAAAGAUGAUCGCAAGAAAAGAAUUUCCAAAAAGAUGUUGACUUUGGGCCAAGAGGAUGGAAACCAAGAAAUUAUUGAAAGGGGUGCUGUUCUUGCGAAGGAUCUGCUAGAAAAAAUAGAUGACAAUGGGCGGAGAUGGAAAAUUCUGGCUGAAUUAUGGACAGAGAUGAUGUUGUUUGUGGCUCCCUCCGAUGAUGAAACUGCCCAUGCAGAGCACCUAGCCAUGGGAGGAGAGUUUGUGACUCACUUAUGGGCAUUACUCUCUCAUGCUGGUAUACUCAAGCGAGACUCAGCUCAGGAUGUUUGACUAAUGCAUUUGUCCCUAUGUGUUUUCCUUAUGAUUGUAUGAUAUUGUGUGAUUUCUCAUGCAUUUCCAUUCCCAGUAUGUAUAAUAGAUAGAUGUUUGCCCUCAAAAAAAAAAAAAGUGUCGCUGUGGUUGUAUUGUAAUUACGUGUGUUGUAUAUUUGGUUUGAUUAGUGUUUGAUUUUCUGUUAUUUCCUUUGAUUUGAUUUCUUUAA